AUGUCUAGUAAUCCAGUAUCUAGUGCGUCGGAGGAUAAUGCAGCAGAAAAUAAAGUAAUUAAGACCUUAGAGGAGGACGACGAGUUCGAAGAUUUCCCGGAGGAUUCUAAAUGGAGUAGUGAGCCAAACCAAGCAGCUCCGUCAAACUUGUGGGAAGAAGAUUGGGACGAUGAUGAUAACCAAGAUGAAUUUUCACAGCAACUACGUGAAGAGCUAAAGAAAGCACAGAAGAGUUCUUGA